UCAUUUCCAUUCCAAAGUACAAAAACCAGACAAUUAAGGGCUUUGCCUUUGUAGAGUACAAGACACCGGAAGACGCUCGAAAUUGCAUUAAGGCUUUUAAAUCAAAAGGCUGUGAACUUUCGCCUCAGAUAUCUCCAAAUUUCCUUAUGAGUAUUAUCACUCACGAAGAUUGUGAUGAAGAUAUUACAAAAGAUAAAUCACAGGAUCCGCAAAAUGGAAAUAAACAGAUUAAGAAGCGUAUUUUUAUGACCGAAACUGUUUCAACGAAAGUGGAAAAAGUGCACAGAAAAGGCAAGAAAAGAAACGAAAGAAAUUCCCAGAGUUUAAACACGUCGGAUGGAAAAUACGAACUUAGCGAUUUAUCUUUAUCUGAAUGCGAUAAAAAAGUGAAGAAAAUCAAGGGUGAACCAUCCGAAUCAGAGUCAAUUAAAAAGUCACUUCAAGAAAUGAAAAGCGUACCUGAAGAAGCAAUUUGCAAGAAUUCAAAAAAACGAAAGAUAAGCGAUUCUGAAGCAGGAACCGCGAAUGACAAAAGCAAAAGAUCUAAAAAUGUAAAUAGGGAAGAUACAAGCGAAAAGGAAUCCGAUCCAGAAAUUGGGUUGGAAAUUAUGACGAAGAGAGAGUGGAGCCGAUUAAGGAAUAAUUGUCUGGAGAUGCAGGGUAGAAAUUUUGAGAAUAUUAAUCCAGAUAAGGAAGAAUUGAGUGAAAAAGAUGGUGGAGAGGAAAAAUCUGAUAGAGUUUCUUUCACGCCUGAGGGGAGCGAGAAUAUUGACAAUCAGAUUGAGUCUUCUUGCAGAGAUUCUAAAAAUGUUAAGGUAGCUUGUUUGGUGAAUGUAGUUGAACAUGUUGUUCUCAACCAUAAUGCGAGCCAUCAAAGUAUUCAAUCCAGAAGUCAUCUCCCUCAUCGUUUGAUUGGUCUUAUGUAUCAAUUAGACUUUUCGGUACUUUGCACUCUUAGAAAGUUUAAGUUCAAACAUAAAUAUCCUACAUUGUCUUUAGGGUUUGGUGUUUCUGAAAUUGAUAAAUUUAAUAAUAUUGUUCUUCGUUAUGAAAAAAAAUCUAUUUACAUACAAAUUGAAAAUGUAGAAAAAUAUCAUAUAGAAGAUAUUAGUUAUGAUAAAUUAUUUACUAAAGGAAACCGACAUUUUUCCAUAAACAAUUACUUUAAUAGUUUUGUUCAGCAUCUCUUAUCUAAAGCAGAAAUUUCAUCAAAUACUAUAGAAUAUCUGAUUAUAUGUACUAAUUCGGGUUUGGAUUUGACAGAAGAAAUGUUAUUAAAACAAGGCCGAUCUAAAAAAUGUUAUCCUUUUAAAUUUGAUAACCUAUUGAAAUGUGAUAUUUUAAAAGACUUUUUGUUUGCAAAUGAAAAUACGAAAAAUCAAGGUUUUUAUCAAUUUUCACAAGACAAAACAUCAAGAGAAGAAUUUUUAAAGCAUUUACAAUUUUCUCCUGCUGUGCAAAAAGUGAUAACAGAAAGAGAAUUGCCUCAGGGAUUUGAAAAAGAAGUGAAAGAAGAAUUUUUUGAUAAAUUAGUAUUUGUAGUUAAUCAGCCUAAUAGACAAGAACUGAAUAGCAUCAUUAGAAAUGAAAUAAAAAAUAGUAAAUCUCAAUAUGAUUUUCAAGUUUUACUAGAGGAAGUACUUCAUGAUUUGAUAGAUGUGGAAAAGCAUAAAAAACUUGAAAAAUCAGUCAAUUAUAUACCUCGAAUUAUAUAUGAAUUUAAUUUGUUAAUAUUGUUAUUACACGACAUGGUUUUACAUAAAAGUGUAUCUUCCAUCAAUUCCGAUACGUCUAACGGCAUUUCUGUUUAUUAUAAAGAUAAAGUUACUUACGUGAAGGUCCAUACAGCAGAUAGUAAAAUUGGCUAUAGUCAGUUAUUUUCCUCGGCAACAGAGAAAAAGAACCCGUUUUCCAUUAAUAGCCUUUUUACUAUUUUUAUUGAAAAAUUGAAUCAAGAUGUAGAACAUUUUAUUUUCUAUACUAAUGCAGACCUAGAUAUUACAAAAGAAAAUACAUUAAAGCAGGGACGCUCUAAAGAAUUUUAUCCUCUACAAUUCGAUGUUAUUGAUAUUCGAAAGAAAAAGUACAACAUUUUACGACAUUUUACUAGUAUAGAUGAAAGUAGUCUUUAUCAAUUUUCUCAGACAGAAACAAGAGAAAAACUUUUAAUUCUUUUGAAGCUUCCACCUUUCUCGCAAAAAGAAAAAGUCAAAGGAAGACUUUCUGACGAGAAUGUAAAAGAAAUAAAAGAAAAGUUUUUAGAUAAGCUAAUAUUUGCGGUUAGCCAACCUGAUAAGGAAAAAUUGAAGAGUAUUCUUCAAACUGAGACAGAAAGAAGUAAUGAGUCUAAAGAAGUUACAUAUAAUUACGCAGAAUUACGUGAAAUAGCUUUACGUUGGUCAGAGUCUGACGAGGUUGGCCCUAUUACAGAGAGAAUAAUUAAAGAAAUUUUUGACGAUAUAGAAAAUAAUAGACUUAGUUAUCAGAAAACUCGAAAUAAAAAUAUUAGUGAAGAAAUUAAAUUUGCUAAAAGUAUCUUUCGUAGAGAAGGGACAUCGACGUUUCACAAGUUCUUAGAUUUUUUAAUUCAAGACCAAAAAUUAGAACUGCUGAAAAGAGAAGGUAUAAAUCCAGCUAAUAUGUCCAGUAUUUUGCAUGGAGCAGCAACACAUGCUACAAUCGCUUUUAAAGAUUUGUAUCGCCUUUGGUUCGAUUUAAACGGAAAGAAAACGCAAUAUUUAAAAACUCUAGAAGAAAAGGCAAUAAACUUAAAUAAUAUAUCCGGUAUUUUGAAUGGGGCCGGUAUACAUGCUGCAGAAUCAUUUAAAGACUUAUAUGGUCUUUUGUUUGAUGAAAGAGGAAAUAAAUCAGAAUAUUUAAAAAAUUUAGAAAAAGAAGAAAUCGAUCUAGCUAACAUAUCUAGUAUUUUACGUGGUGCAGGAGUUAAAGCUGCAAAAACGUUUAAAGAGUUGUAUGAUAUUUGGUUUGAUGACAAAGGAAAUAAAACACAAUAUCUCAAAUCUCUAGAGGAAGAAGGAGUACAUCUAAUUAAUAUGUCAAGUAUUUUAAAUGGGGCAGGCUCUAAUGCUGCAAGAGCUUUUGAAGACUUACAUAAUGUUUGGUUUGAUUCAGCAGGAAAUAAAACACAGUAUUUACAGAAUCUUGAAGAGGAUGGAGUAACUCUGGCUAAUAUGUCGAGCAUUUUAAAAGGGGCAGGAGCUAAUGCUGCAAAAGCUUUUCAAGAUCUAUAUAAUCUCUGGUUCGAUGCAACAGGAAAUAGAACACCAUAUUUAAAAGCUCUAGAAAAAGAGGGAAUAAAUCUAAUUAAUAUGUCCAGUAUUUUGAAUGGUACAGGCGCUAAAGCUGCACAAGCUUUUACAGAUUUGUAUAAUCUUUGGUUUAAUGUAGAAGGAUUUAAAACACAAUAUUUAAAAACUCUGGACAAGGAAGGAGUGAGUUUAGCCAGUAUGUCCAGUAUUUUAAGUGGAGCAGGAAACAAUUCCGCAAAGGCGUUUAAAGAUUUACAUGAUCUUUGGUUUGAUGUAAAAGGCCAUAAAACAGAAUAUUUAAAAACUCUAGAAGAAGUUGAAAUAAUUCUGGCGAAUGUGUCCAGUAUUUUGCAUGGGGCCGGAGCAAAAGCUGCUAAGUCCUUUAAGGAAUUAUAUGAUCUUUGGUUUGACGUCAAAGGAAAUAAAACCAAAUAUUUAAAAACAAUUCAAGAAAAUGGAAUAGCUAUAUCUGAUAUGUCGAAUAUUUUGAAUGGCGCAGGAGUUAAUGCUUCUAAAUCUUUUCAAAGCUUAUAUGGUCUUUGGUUUGAUGCGAAGGGAAAUAAAACGCAUUACCUAAAAAAUGUAGAAAAAGAAGAAGUAAAUCUAGAUAGUCUUUGCAGUAUUCUAAAUGGAGCAGGAGUUAAUGCCGCAAAAGGUUUUCAAGACUUAUAUGAUCUUUGGUUUGAUGCGACAGGAAAUAAAACGAUGUAUUUAACAACUCUAGAAAGAGAAUGUAUAAAUCUAGCUAAUAUGUCUGGUGCUUUAUGUCAAUCAGGCGCUAAAGCGGCAAAAGCUUUCAAAGACUUGUAUGAUCUUUGGUUUGACGUUGAAGGAAAUAAGACACAAUACUUAAAAACAAUUCAAGACAAUGGAAUAGAUCUAUCUAAUAUCUCAGGUAUUUUGAAUGGUGCAGGAGCCAAAUGUUCAAAAGCUUUCAAAGGCUUGUAUUAUCUUUGGUUUGACAUAGAAGGAAAUAAAACGAAAUAUUUAAAAACAAUACAAGAAAAUGGAAUAGCUCUGUCUAAUAUUUCGGGUAUUUUAGGCAACUCAGGAUCUAAGGCUGCCAAAGCUUUUAAAGAGUUAUGGAACCUUUGGUUUGAUGCAAAGGGAAAUAAAAGACAAUAUUUGAAAACUCUAGAUAGAGAAUCAGGAAUUCAUUUAAUUAACAUGUCCAGUAUUUUGAAUAAAUCCGGAGUUAAAGCUGCAAUAGCUUUCAAAAACUUGUAUGAUAUUUUGUUUGACGUAAAAGGAAAUAAAACACAUUACUUAAAAGCUCUAGAAGAACAAGGAAUACAGUUAGCGAAUAUGUCAAGUAUUUUAAGUAAGUCGGGAGCCAAAGCUGCAAUCGCUUUCAAAGACUUAUAUGAUGUUUGGUUUGAUAUAGAAGGAAAUAAAACAAAAUAUUUAAGCACUCUAGAAGAACAUGGAAUACAGUUAGCAAAUAUGUCUAGUAUUUUAAAUGGGUCCGGAGCUAAAGCUUCAAAAGCUUUCAAAGACUUACAUGAUCUUUGGUUUGAUAUAGAAGGAAAUAAAACAAAAUAUUUAAACACUCUAGAAGAUCAUGGAGUACAGUUAGUUAAUAUGUCUAGUAUUUUGAGUGGAUCCGGUGGUAAAGCUUCAAAAGCUUUUAAAGACUUUUACGACAUUUUGUUUGACGUUAACGAAAAUAAAACGCAUUAUUUACAAACUUUAGAACAACAAGGAAUACAGUUAGCGAAUGUGUCUAGUAUUUUAAUUGGGUCGGGCGCCAAAGCUUCAAAAGCUUUUAAAAACUUAUAUGAUCUUUGGUUUGAUAUAGAAGGAACUAAAAGACAGAAUAUCAAAAUUCUAGAACAAGGUGGAUUAAAUCUGGCUAAUAUGUCGAGCAUUUUAAAAGGGGCAGCAGCUAAUGCUGCAAAAGCCUUUCAAGAGUUAUAUAAUCUUUGGUUUGAUGCAACGGGAAAUAUAACACCAUAUUUAAAAAAUCUAGAAGAACAUGGAAUAAAUUUAUCCAAUGUGUCUAGUAUUUUGCAUAAGUCAGGUGCGAAGGCUGCAACAACUUUUAAACACUUGUAUAAUCUUUGUUUUGACGUAAAAGGACACAAAACAAUUUAUUUAAACACUCUAGAACAAGAAGGAAUAAGUUUAUCUGAUAUGUUCAAUAUUUUGCAUGGGGCAGGUGCCAAUGCGGUAAAAGCUUUUAAAGAACUAUAUAAUGCUUUUUUGGAUGAGCAAGGUUAUAGAACAAAACAUUUAAAGCACUUUGUUAAGAAAAAGAUUAAGGAAGAAUGCUUCAUGUUUUCUGAUCUAUCUAACAUCUUGGGUGGAGCAGGAGUCAGUGCCACGGAUGCUUUUGAAAAAUUGCAUAGUGUUUGCUUCAAUGAGAAGGGGAGAAAAACACCACUUUUGGGUGAUUUUUAUAAGGCAAGUUUUAUGCCAAAAAAUUUAUCCUGCAUCUUGUAUAGAUCAGGAAUAAGUGCCUCCUCUAAUUUACAAAAAUUGCAUAGUAUAUGUUUCAAUGAAAAUAGACAAAAAACAAAACUGUUAGACGAUUUUUGUAAGGCUGGUUUCAUGCCAAGUGACUUGUGCAACAUAUUGAAUGCAUCAGUGCGUAGUUUGGAACAAUUUUACGCUUUUUGUUUUACAGGAAAAACAAAAAAGUAUUUGAAUCAUUUCUUAAACGAAAAUGAAGAUUUCACGGCAAGUAAUUUAUCUAAGAUAUUUCAUGGGGCUGGAGCAAAUGCUUGUUCUGCUUUAAAAGAUUUUCAUGAGGUUUGUUUUGAUGAGAACGGAAAAAAAACCCAAAUUCUGGGUGAUUUCUACAAGGCAAAUUUUAGAUCGAAAGAUUUAGUUAAUAUACUAUUUAUGUCGGGAAUUAAUGCCUACCUUGUUUUAAGAACUUUUCAUAAAUUAUGUUUUAAGAAAAAUAAUUAUUUAUUUCACUUCCUAGCCGAGAAUGACCUAUUUACACCGAAAAAUGUAUCUCAGCUAUUACAUGGGGCAGGAGUUAAUAUUGGUGCUAUUUUUAAAAAUUUGCAUCAUCUGUGUUUUGAUAAGGCAGGGAGAAGAACAAAUUAUUUAAACAAUCUCAUGGGAAACAAUCGGCGUGUAAUACUUGAUGUAUUGUAUGAAAAAGUUAGAGAAGUUUCUUUUAUCAAACAAUAGAGAACAUAAAAUGGAAAAGUACUGCAAAAUAAGUCAUGUCUGUAAUCAUUAGUAAUGUUAUUAGAUAUAUAAAUGUGAUACAGAUAGUAUAAGUGGAUUAUGGAUCUGCGCGACUAGAAGUUUCCUACAUUUGUGAUUUUUGAAAUAAUUUUGGGUAAUGUUAUAGAUGUUAACCUUCGCAAAAUCAUGAAGUGUAUGCUUGUAUAGAAAAACUGGAAAGUAUGUGUGCCAUAGUUUUUUUAUAUAGGAUUCACUGUAAAUGGUACAAAAUUAUUUUACGACUAG